ACCCAACAACAGAAGAGGGAGAAAGAUGAUGAUGAUGAUGGCAAUGUAGUUGUUGAAGACAACCACUAUGCUUCCUGAAAGUAAAACCAUGUAUGUGUACAAGUGAAGUUGGCAGUGCGCCAUGCUCUGGUGAAAUUAGUAGUGUGUCAUGCCAAGGUGAAGGUAGAACCAUUACCUGGUCUAUGUGUCAUGUUCUUGCACAAAUAACAGCAUGCUAUUGCUCAGUGUGUCAUAUUUUCAUAGAGAUAUCAUGCUAUGUUCAACGUGCUUGGCAUUCUGAAGGUAAUAUCAUGUAUGUUAAGCGUGUGUGUGUCGGUCAUUGUAGAGGUAGUACUACGCCCCUCAUCAUAAGUACGCCGAAUGGAUUUACUGGGUUGAUUUGGAUCAUUUAGAUUUAUGAAUGCAUAUCCAUCCACACGGAGGAUACAAUUAGUUUAGUAUUGUUGUUUGAAUGAUAAUUAUAAUGCUUAUAAAUGCGAUUUACAUUACUGUAUAAGUUCUGUUUGUACAAG